ACUGUGUACAAGACGACGACCCAUGUCCCAUUGGAGCUGGGACAGAUAAUGGAUGUGGAAACAUUUGAAAAAUCUCGGCUUUAUCAGCUGGAUAAAAGUGCUUUCAGCUUUUGGUCAGGUCUCUACUCAGAGGUAGAGGGCACCGUGAUUCUACUGUGUGGAGGAAUUCCUUUCCUUUGGUCUGUAUCUGGAGAGAUCUCUGAAUACGCUGGCUUUGGACCAGAGUAUGAGAUUAGCCAGUCCCUGGUUUUCUUGCUGCUUGCUACUCUUUUCAGCGCAGUCACAGGCCUGCCCUGGAGCCUCUAUAAUACUUUCGUGAUAGAGGAAAAACACGGCUUCAAUCAACAGACUCUAGGAUUCUUUUUUAAAGACGCUAUCAAGAAGUUCAUUGUGACUCAAUGCAUCCUGUUGCCCGUAACGGCGCUUUUGCUUUACAUUAUUAAAAUAGGAGGAGACUAUUUCUUCAUCUAUGCGUGGCUUUUCACGUUAGUGGUCUCUUUGGUUCUCGUCACCAUCUAUGCAGACUACAUUGCUCCUCUGUUCGAUAAAUUCAUUCCCCUCCCCGAAGGAGAGCUCAAGCAACAAAUCGAAGCAAUGGCAAAGAAUAUAGACUUCCCUCUGACCAAAGUUUACGUUGUAGAAGGUUCCAAACGAUCCUCCCACAGCAACGCUUAUUUCUAUGGCUUCUUUAAGAAUAAGCGCAUCGUGCUUUUUGACACACUCCUAGAGGAUUAUUCUGCACUUAACAAAGAGCGUCCUGAGGAUGCUGGUUCAGAGUCCCAGGUGGCUGGGGAAAACGGGGAAGGAACGGAGACGCCAGCUAAAGCCAAAAGUAAGAAACAAGGCUGCAAAAACGAAGAAGUCUUGGCUGUGCUGGGCCAUGAGCUGGGGCACUGGAAGCUUGGCCACACCAUCAAGAACAUUGUCAUCAGCCAGAUGAAUUCCUUCUUGUGUUUCUUCUUGUUUGCUGUCCUGAUUGGUCGAAAGGAGCUUUUCACUGCAUUUGGAUUCUACAAUACCCAGCCUACCCUGAUAGGCCUCUUGAUCAUCUUUCAGUUUAUUUUCUCGCCUUAUAACGAGGUCCUCUCCUUUUGUUUAACUGUGUUAAGCAGACGAUUUGAAUUUCAAGCGGAUGCUUUUGCCAAGGAUCUUGGGAAGGCUCAAGACUUGUACUCAGCCCUGAUCAAGUUGAACAAAGAUAACUUGGGAUUCCCCGUUUCAGACUGGCUCUUUUCUAUGUGGCAUUAUUCUCACCCUCCACUGUUAGAAAGACUUCAAGCACUCAAGGAUUCCAAGCAAGACUGAUUGAAAUAAGCCAGCCGGCUUAGAGGAGGAGCUUGUAUCCCAAAAUCGAAUUCCUGGAUUUGUUUUUUAAACUAUAUAAUAUAUAAAUACAUCCAUUCCAAACACACCAUUCUGCAUCAGCGACAUUGUGCUCUUCACCUGAUUUGAAACGAGCUCCUUAAAAACUUGUAUUCAAUUAACUGAAAUGAAUUUUAAAGUAAAAUAAUCUUGUGGGGGAUUGAGUUGGGGGGAUGAAUGUAAUGUUACAAAAAUUCUGCUCAUCACAGAACAGUUCUCGAGGAGGAAAGUAAUUUGUUAGAACCUGAAGAGUUGCUUGAAUUUGUGGAAGCUUUUGAAUGUGACUCUUUGUACCUUAAGCACUUUUGUCUGGGUGUUCUGUACAGCAAACUUUGAGCUUUCCUACCUCAUCCAUGUGGGGUUCAGGACCUGGAAAAUGCUCCCCUUUUUGACAAGUGGGAUUCCAGCAUUUAAACCAGAAGUCUGGAUUUGAGAGCGUGGAGCUUUCCCCCUAGGUUCAAGUUCAAACCCACAAUGAAAAGGCUACUAUUUGCAGAUAAAGUCAUCUCUACCCUGCAGUGGGGACCGAAGAAUAAAUUCCAGCAAUC